AUGGCAGACCUCAGCGAGGCCGAGGCCCUGACCACACCCGAGUUCUGGGACCGGCGCUAUACAAAGUCGGACGGCUCAAAUCCAACCCACGAAUGGUUUCGCACAUUCAAGGCUCUCGAACCGUUCUUUGAGAAGCACCUCUUUUCCAAGCGUCAUCCUAACACCUCCCCGCGUAUCAUGCACCUCGGAUCUGGGGAUAGCACCAUCCCCGCCGACCUCUCGGCACGCGGUUACAAGAACCAGCUCUGCCUAGACUUCUCCACUGUCGUAGUCGACCUCAUGAGACAACGACACGCCGACGUGGCCGGCAUCGAGUGGCAAUGGGCCGACAUCCGCGACAUGCCCGAAGCCGCGCCGACCGCCUCCGUCGACGUCGCCUUUGAUAAGAGCACUCUCGACGCCAUGAUCCACGGGAGCCCGUGGUCGCCUCCAGACGACGUUCGCGAAAAUACGGCCAAGUACCUCAGCGAAGUCCAUCGCGCCCUCAAGGACGAUGGGGUGUUCCUGUACAUCACCUACAGACAGCCUCAUUUUAUGCGGCCGCUGCUGAAUGCCGACAAUCUUUGGGUCAUGGACAUGCAUGUCCUCUCCGAUGGCGAGAGCGCGUUUGACUACUACGGAUUCGUACUGAGGAAGAGGAGGAAGAACGACGCACAUGCAGACUCAUAG